AUGACACUAAACAACAGUAUUCGACCAAUUUUAGACCACAUUGUGAUCCUGGUGUCUUUCCAGACGCUGCAAGACCUUCCAAAGCGAUUGGAGAACGUCCUCACUGUAAUUGAUGGCGGAGCUCAUGCAGAUGGCCGCACAGUCAACAAACUGAUCGAAUUUUCGGAUGGGGUCUAUAUCGAACUCAUCACUUUUCAAGAUGGCCUGGAUCCUGAAAAGCGCAAGACGCAUCGAUGGGGAGAGCUGGAAGAGAACACUCUCGUCGAUUGGGCGUAUACUCUUUCUGAUGAGAAGGACUUCAGCGUGAUUCAACAACGGGUCAAAGAAGCGAACACUGAUAUCAUAUACCACGAUCCUGUCCCUGGAGGUCGCAUCAGACCCGAUGGUGUCGAGUUGAAGUGGUCUGUUGCUUCAGCCUACACUGCUCCCGGCAAGGCGGUGCAUCCAGGCAAAGCACCAUUUUGGUGUCUCGACCGCACUCCGAGACACUUACGAGUGCCGUAUAAGAAAGACGACGGAUCAGACCCUUCUUACACGAAGCAUCCUUCUGGUGCGAUUGGGGUCUCGGGAGUUUCGAUCUCAGUGCCCAAGGAGGAACGCGAUGUCCUUGCUGGGGUUUACGACGGAAUCCAUGGAUCCACCACUAAUGGGGAGGGCACAUGGCCUUUCGUUGUUCACUCUGGUUCUACGAAGGGAAAGCAAGAGAUUACUCUUGAAAGCAGCCAGGAUCAGGAGAGACACAUCCAUCUCACUCUUCUUGGUGACAAAGGCAGCCCUGAAAGCAUUGAGAUUCUCCCUGGCUUGAAGUUUAGCUUCGAGUCUUAA